GUUGUCUAGGAUGGCUUGUAAAAAUCCGAAGAAGUUCUUUCCAAUUUGCAAUUCUCCGAUUCUUCGAGAUGGAGCUCUUAAGGGAAAAGUAGCUUUAGUCACCGGUGGAGGCACUGGAAUCGGCAAAGCAAUCGCUACAACAUUUGCACAUUUGGGAGCAUCUGUUGCUAUUGCUGCACGUAGAAUGGAGAAAUUAGAGCAAACUGCGGAGGAGAUUAUGAAGACAACUGGUGGAAUAUGUGAACCAUUCCGGAUGGAUAUUAAAGAUCCUGGCAUGGUCAGCGAUACUUUUGAUAAAAUUGAUAAGAAGUUCGGAAAGCACCCAGAUAUUUUGGUUAACAAUGCAGCUGGUAACUUCAUAAUGGCAACUGAGCGUCUUUCUCCAAAUGCCCACGGAACAAUUAUUGAUAUUGUUCUCAAAGGAACAAUGAAUGUUACCACGGAAUUGGGAAAACGUUGCAUUCAGAGUAAAACCGGAGCCUCCGUUACUUCAAUUACUGCUGCAUACGCACGUUCUGGUGCCCCAUUCAUUGUUCCUUCUGCUGUUUCUAAAGCUGGAGUUGAGAUAAUGACUAAGUCAUUGGCAACUGAAUGGUCAAAAUAUGGUCUUCGUUUCAAUGCAGUAUCUCCUGGACCAAUUCCAACAAAAGGUGCAUGGGGAAGAUUGUUUUCUGGAGAAAUGGGUGACGUCGCCGAAAAAAUGAAGGAAUUGAACCCAGAAGGACGAUCUGGAACUCCAGAAGAAGUUGCGAAUUUAGUGGCAUUCAUCUCGUCAGAUCACAUGUCAUUUAUGAAUGGAGUGAUCAUCGAUUUGGAUGGUGGACAGCAACAUUUCAACCAUGGUUCCCAUAUGGGAGACUUCUUGCACACUUGGGAUCAGGAUACCUGGGGAGAUGUUGAGAACGUUAUUCGUGGAAGAACUGGAAAAGAGAAACCUUGAAUAUUAUGUUUUUAACGAUUAGGUUAUGAAUAAAUUUUGUUUGGAAU